AUGUCUUUUGGUCGUCCCCCCUCAAUCAACGUCGGUUUCAAGGUCUCGCCGCCUAAUAGAGGGUCUUUCCCUCUAGACCAUGAUGGAGAAUGCAAGGAAGCUAUGAUGGAAUACAUGAAAUGUCUCAAGCAAAACUCUAGCACUUCGACGCCUUGUCGAGUCCUCAGUAAGCAGUACCUCGACUGCAGAAUGACCAAGGGUUUGAUGGACCGCGAUGAGUGGAAAAACUUGGGCCUCACUAACCUCGCCGGGGAAGAUCCUGAGGUCAAAGCCAAAGUAUCCUCACGGACCGAUUCAGCUUGACCAGGGUUUCUUCACGUAUAGCAUCACGCUAAAUUGCUUCGCCCCCGCACCCACACCGAAUCUAGCACAAGCCUGAGCUCAAGCUCCACGUCGGAAUUAAACAGCUUGCGAGGUGUCGUUCUAUUUUCCGCAACCUAAUACUUGCGUAGGGUGUCAUAUUGACCUCGUAUAGCCACACCAUAUGUGCUCGAGAUUGCAGUCGUGGAUAUCGAUGCUCCGCGUGGGCCCCAGCCUUUCUGUAGUGGUGAAUGAUAGCUAUCCUAUAUAAUCCUUCCACUAUACUUAGCUGCUUCGUCAUCGCGACGUGUGGGUACAAACAAGUAUUGGCGCCGAAUUGUGGCUCACUCAGGAAUGAUGACGACAAAGUUCACAAUAGCUUGGUCUGCUGGCCAGUACUGGCUGACACCGGCCAACCAAAAGCACCGCGUGCAUGACAAAGUGCUACCAAAUGGUUAAGAUUGACAGUUUCUCCGACUCUAUCGCGCACGUUUGAUAAAAGUGCCAAAUGAACGCUUGAGAUCCUGUCCGGACUUCACAGGUCUCAUGUAUCUCUGGCACCCAGUUCGACGUUAGGUUGACAUGGCUAAGAUCUCUGGCAACCUUUGUGUGUAAAUACAGGGAUCAAGCCGCCCCGAGUGCAAGCUCACACCGCAGUAAGUUCUGCCUACGGGAGACUACACCGCAAUCGGAUCU